AUGGCAAAGCAUGUGCUUCGUUAUCUAAAAGGUACUAUAGAUAAUAAGCUCACUUUUAAAAAGUCUAAGGAGGGAUUGAGUAUGCACGGGUACUGUGAUGCUGAUUGGGGAUCAUCGGAAGACAGGAAAAGUAUUACAGGUUAUGUUUUUAAACUAUCAAAAGAUGGACCAGCCAUCUCAUGGAAAAGUAGGAAACAGCCAACGGUAGCGCUAUCAACCUGUGAGGCUGAAUAUAUGGCGCUAGCAGCUGCA